CUGUGCUGUCGUAAAUCGAUACCUUAGCAGCACAUUCAGAUCCAGAGGCCACAAACAUGCUCAGCGGAGCUGUAAUAUAGUCGAUUAACCAGUAGCUUGAUCAGCGCUAUCUGAAAGCACUACACGAAAAAAGGGGCCUGGUCUGGGCUUAUGCGGCGAUCGAUUUCGUCAUGAUGUAUUUUAGAUAGUCAUAAACUGAUAUUGUGUGUUUUGUUCCGCGGUGUGUGUUAUGUGUUGACUGUAAAGAGGACAGUGCGUCACCGUACAAGAUGGACACCGCCGAAGAAGCUGAUAUAUGUAGGGUGUGUCGAUCUGAGGGAACUCAGGACAAACCCCUCUUCCAUCCCUGCGUGUGUACUGGAAGCAUUAAGUUCAUCCACCAAGAAUGCUUGGUGCAGUGGCUUAAACACAGCAGAAAAGAGUACUGCGAAUUAUGCAAGCACAGAUUUGCUUUCACACCAAUUUACUCCCCAGACAUGCCUUCACGGCUCCCGGUGCAGGACAUUUUCGCAGGACUGGUCACCAGUAUAGGCACGGCUAUCCGAUACUGGUUUCAUUACACGCUAGUUGCCUUCGCUUGGCUGGGGGUUGUACCUCUAACAGCAUGUCGCAUCUAUAAGUGUCUGUUCACUGGAUCUGUAAGCUCCCUCCUGACUCUUCCCUUAGACAUGCUCUCCACAGAGAACUUGCUUGCUGACUGCCUGCAGGGCUGCUUUGUGGUGACCUGCACCCUCUGCGCCUUCAUCAGUCUGGUGUGGCUGCGGGAGCAGAUUGUUCACGGUGGAGCUCCUUUGUGGUUGGAGCAUAACCAGCAGCAACCUGCCAAUGCUGCAGGACCGGCCAAUGAGGCUGCUGGCCAGGGUAAUGGGGGUGGUGAAAACCAGCCCAUGCCUGCACCGGCCGAACCUCCAGCAGAAAACGCUGCAGCGGCUGAAGCUCCUGACCUCCCCGCUGACGUUGCGGAAGAGAUGGAGCUGGAUAAUGAAGAUGAGGAGGAUGGAGGAGCCGAAGAUGUGGCGGAUGCCAACAAUGGAGCACAGGAUGAUAUGAACUGGAAUGCUCUGGAAUGGGAUCGUGCAGCUGAAGAGCUCACUUGGGAAAGGAUGCUUGGGCUUGAUGGGUCCCUGGUUUUUCUGGAGCAUGUGUUUUGGGUGGUCUCACUCAACACGCUCUUCAUCUUGGUGUUUGCUUUCUGUCCCUACCAUAUUGGCCACUUCUCAGUGGUUGGACUUGGUUUUGAAGAGUAUGUCCGUGCCUCACACUUUGAGGGACUCAUCACCACUAUAGUUGGAUAUGUCCUUUUGGCCAUCACACUCAUUGUGUGUCAUGGAUUAGCAGCGCUGGUGAGAUUUCAAAGAUCACGCCGCUUGUUAGGAGUCUGCUACAUUGUGGUUAAGGUGUCUCUUCUAGUAGUUGUAGAGAUUGGUGUGUUCCCCCUCAUCUGCGGCUGGUGGCUUGAUAUCUGCUCUCUGGAAAUGUUUGAUGCCUCAUUGAAAGACAGAGAGUUGAGUUUUGAAUCCGCUCCAGGGACCACCAUGUUCCUCCACUGGCUGGUGGGGAUGGUCUACGUCUUCUAUUUCGCCUCUUUCAUUCUUCUACUUAGAGAGGUUCUAAGGCCUGGAGUCUUGUGGUUUCUCAGAAAUCUGAAUGAUCCAGAUUUCAACCCAGUGCAAGAAAUGAUACACCUACCAAUAUAUAGACACUUGAGAAGAUUCAUACUAUCAGUGGUUGUGUUUGGCUCAAUCGUUCUCCUCAUGUUGUGGCUUCCUAUCCGGAUAAUCAAACACAUCUUCCCUUUAUUUCUUCCCUACAAUGUGAUGCUUUACAGCGAUGCUCCAGUGAGUGAGCUGUCUCUGGAGUUGCUAUUGUUGCAGGUUGUUCUUCCUGCUCUGUUGGAACAGGGACAUACGCGGCAGUGGCUCAAAGGUCUGGUGCGAGCGUGGACCGUGACGGCUGGCUACUUGCUGGACUUGCACUCUUACUUGCUGGGAGACCAGGAAGACAAUGAGAACAAUGCCAACCAGCAGGCCAACAACAACAACCAGCAGGCCCGAAACAACGCCAUUCCUGUGGUGGGAGAAGGACUGCACGCUGCCCACCAGGCCAUACUGCAGCAGGGGGGCCCAGUGGGCUUUCAGCCCUACCACCGGCCAAUGAAAUUCCCUCUAAGGAUUGUGUUGCUGAUUUUGUUCAUGUGCGUGACGCUGCUUUUGGCCAGUUUGGUGUGUCUCACGUUACCAGUGUUCACUGGACGCUGGCUGAUGUCCUUCUGGACGGGCAGUGCUAAGAUCCAUGAGCUGUACACUGCAGCGUGUGGGCUGUAUGUGUGCUGGCUCUCCAUCAGAGCAAUCACAGUGAUGCUGGCCUGGAUGCCUCAGGGGCGGACAAUCAUCCUGCUCAAGGUUGAGGAGUGGACCCUCAUGAUUAUGAAGACACUGAUUGUGGCUGUGCUGUUGGCUGGAGUGAUCCCUCUGCUCUUGGGACUGCUUUUCGAGCUGGUGAUUGUAGCUCCUCUUAGAGUGCCGCUGGAUCAGACGCCUCUGUUCUACCCCUGGCAGGACUGGGCUUUAGGAGUGCUACAUGCCAAAAUCAUUGCUGCCAUCACCCUCAUGGGUCCCCAGUGGUGGUUGAAGACCGUAAUUGAGCAGGUGUAUGCCAAUGGAAUCAGGAACAUUGACCUUCAUUUCAUCAUCAGGAAGCUGGCGGCCCCGGUCAUUGCUGUACUGCUGCUUUCUCUUUGCAUCCCCUAUGUGAUCUCUGUAGGCAUCGUCCCCCUUCUAGGAGUCACUAUGGAGAUGCAGAAUUUGGUGCAGAGGAGAAUCUACCCCUUCCUCCUGAUGGUAGUGGUGCUGAUGGGCAUCCUCUUUUUCCAAAUCCGACAAUUCAAGCGCCUUUAUGAGCACAUCAAGAAUGACAAGUACCUUGUUGGACAGAGACUCGUGAACUAUGAACGAAAAGCUGGCAAGCCCAGCACUACCACACACAGCAGUUCAGUGCAGGAGUAAAGAGCUUGGGAUUGCUCUGGAGUCACUCUCUUUGUGUGCGAGCAUGCGUGAAUGACUGAAUGAUCCUUCCUCUACUGCUCCCUCUUUGUGCAUCCAUACAUCCAGCACGUCCACUAAGACUGACCUCUGGCCUCUCUGACCCCGCCAGAAGAAAAGGGCGAAAGAGCCAUGUACGGAAAGAAAGAGUGAACCCCUACUGCCAAAUGAAAAAAAAAAAAAUGAAACGACAGCAAAAUUAACUGUGUAUUAAUUUAUUAAAUCUAGAUGUUACCUCAUUUGUGGAGCUUUGUUCGUGGCAAGACUCGACCCACAUGGUUCCUUUCAUCACCCUCGUGGAGAGGCCAGUCAGACUCCAGGGAUGAGAUGUCUGGGUCAUAACGGAGCUGGACUGUCACAUUAGAAACGUUUUAUUUAUUAGUUUAGAAUUUUCAAUGAAAUUUGAUCUUGACGUUUUUGAAUGAGAGGGUCUUGUUUGAUUCGAUGCUUUCGGUAGUGUGUCUUACCUUCAUUUCUCGAUUGCUUUAACCUCCCUAAUUUUAUGUGCAGAACAGAAGUGGAUGGAGGCCACACCCAUCUGCUUCCUGUCAUGUGGAAAAGAGGGAAUUUUGGUUCAUCAACAGUUUGUCCGCGACUGUUGUAGACCAAUUCAAGAACAUUGAAGCACAGAGUCAGUAUCUAGAAGCAGAAGUGUAGUUUGACGGUAGAGUUUAUGGCUCACAGUGAGCUGCAGACCCGAUCUCUGCCUGCGAGCUCUUCGUUUAACGCUGAAACAUCCUUUCAUGUAGCUUAGAAGACCGUUGCUAAUUGCGUCAGUGGUUAUUAAGUUGAUCUCGACUGUUGUAUGUCCGUCUCGUGCUCAGCAUGGCCUAGCAACACUUUUUCAUAGAUGUAACUCUGGCACAUACACAGGUUGUUGCACUUUUUUAAUUUAAGAAAGUGUCUUUUAAGAGCAGCGGUACUUUGGAAACCCUUUAGACAACAUUUGAAGUCCUUACUCGUAUAGGAGCUCACAAACAUUAAUUAAACUGAUUCAAAGCCGAAACAUGGUUUAUUAUUCUUGCUUUGGUUCGGUAGAAGAGUUUCGUGUCUGUUGGUAAGGAGGAGAUCCUCAACACGUUUGUAAAUAAUGUAACUUUUCGAGUCUUCGUAGCUGAGUAUGUUUUUCUCCAUUUCAGAUUUGCUGCUUCUGUUACAGGUUCACGGUUCCCAGAGAAUUUGUCGCAGACGGCUUAAGAGAUAGUGUUAAAUCAGCGCUGAGAUUCUAUAAGUGACCUUAUAGUAUCUUAUUACACUGAAACUGGAUACUGUAUGCUUCUUGAUAGCUUGCGAAGGCAAAUGUUCUAUUUUUAUAUGUGCAACUUAGUGACACCAUUUUCAUGUUUGCUCAGCCAUUGAUUUGAUUUCCUCUGAAGUUUUCUGAGGUCUGCUAGAUUCCAGGUAAAGGUAGUGGUUCAGCACUAAACACCUUUGUGUGUCUGGUUUACUAAGCCUUCUCCUUUUCAUAGCAUGUUUUUGAGAGAAGUAUUCGGUAUUCUGAAUGUUUUCAAACCUCCUCCUUGGAGGCUCUUGCUGUAAUAAUUACAUCCUCAUAAUGGCCGAUUUUUGUUUGUUUGUUGAAAACUUUUAUUACAAAUAUUAAAUCACAGUGUAGUACUUAC